UAAGUUCAGACUGUUCAGAUUGGUGUUUGGUACGGUGUAGUACCAAGUGUCUAAACGACAUUGAUAUUUGAGGUUAGGAUAGUCAGUUUUGCAAAUUAAAAACUUUAUUGACUAUAACUGUGAUGUCAUGUGAUUAUUGCGGGUUUUUAGCUGUUAAAUAUUGUCGGUAGUUACAUAGGAUUCAUCUUUAAUUCGCACAAUCCGCCGGCUCGAUCUAUAGAUCCAGUUACUUUGCUAGAACGGAAUCAGCUGGCAAGAAUAUUGGGGCCAUGGCUGCUUCUAACCCAAACACUCACCACCUGCCUGGGGAGGACACCGAUUGGAGGAAAAACAUUAUAACCCAACUGCGAGACAGGAAUAGAUCUGAAACUUACUGCUUUCACGACCUCAUCUGCCUACAUAAUCGACUUCUUGAAAGUGCCAAUACAUUGAAAUUGGAGAACUAUCAAUUGUCGAUAGCUAAUGAAAAGCUAAAAUGUGAGGUGGGAUCGGGUGGAUUUGGAGGUAAUUCAACUUUGGAAGCUAGACUCUUGGCUCAUGCCGAAGAACUGGCCACUCUUCAUAAACGAAGAGGUGAACACACUCAGCAGAUUGUAGAUCUUAACAACAAACUUCAGGAGCUAAGAAAAGAAUUGCAAACGAAAGAAUCUAGCAUUGCAGAAAGUUUAGAAGUGAAUGCUGGGCUGCGCGCAGAAAUUGCAAGAUGUGUCAGCAGGGAGCGAGAAUUGGAGAAUGUAAAUCAAAUGCUGAAAGACGAACAUCAAGCUCUGCAGCUUGCUUUUGCCGCUCUCGAAGAAAAACUUCGAAAAGUUCAGGAGGAGAAUCGUCAGCUAGUAGAACGUCUGAUCAGGUACAAAGCGAAGGAUGCAGAGAAGAUGAAUGAAGAAAAUGACAAUUUUUUAAAUGAGGCUUUUACCAGCCCGACAACCUUUUUGAUGCAUACACUAUCAAAAUUUGGGAAACGGCAAGCUAAAAUGCAGAAGGAAUUGGAAGACGCAGCACGAGAUACUCGCGGUAUCAGUCCAGAUCGAACAAGUUUGAAAGAAUGUCCUGCCGGAUUUUCACCGUCGCUACCCACCAAAGUUUCCUCCAAAUUUGAUGCUCACGACGGUGAAGUGAACGCGGUGAAAUGGUCACCCGUGGACCGAAUAGUGGCGACUGGAGGAGCCGACAGGAAAGUCAAACUCUGGGACGUAUCGAAGGGCUCGUACGACAGCAAAGGUAUGCUGGUUGGCAGCAACGCGGGCGUCAUGUCGGUGGACUUUGACUCAACCGGAAGUCUGAUUUUGGGUGCAUCCAACGAUUUCGCCAGCAGAGUUUGGACAGUCAGCGAUCUCCGACUGAGGCACACCCUCACUGGCCAUUGUAACAAAGUCAUGGCUGCAAAAUUUCUUGGCGAACCGUCCAAAGUCGUCACAGGAAGCUAUGACAGGACUCUCAAAAUCUGGGAUCUUCGCAGCAGGGCAUGUAUAGAGACAAAAUUCGCUGGAUCAAGCUGCAACGAUGUCGUAAUAUCCGACGGCUCGGGAUCGACGAUAAUCAGCGGACACUUUGACAAGACGAUAAGAUUCUGGGACACGCGAGCCGAGUCCAGUUCAAACAACAUCGUGCUGCAAGGCAAAGUGACAUCGCUAGAUCUAUCCCGAGACGCGCAUUACUUGUUGAGCUGUGUCCGUGACGACACAUUGAAGUUGCUGGAUUUAAGGAUGAACCAAAUUAUCGGUUCCUUCAGUGCCGACGGUUUCAAAGUUGGUUGCGAUUGGGCACGCGCUACUUUCAGUCCUGACGGACAGUACAUUGCCGUUGGUUCUUCCAAUGGGUCUGUAUUCAUCUGGUCCGUAAGCAGCAACAAAGUGGAAUCGGUGCUCAAAGACCACACGUCGUCGGUGACGGCGGUCGCGUGGCAUCCUCAGGGAACGUACCUCGCCUCCGUAGACAGGACCAAGCAGGCGACCAUUUGGGGCGACGUCUGACAGGAUUAUUCGCCUUGAAUACGAACUGGAGGUGCCAAGGAGCGUGAAAAUCAAAUUUAUAUUCCGAGGGUGGGUCGAAAUGUGGCUAUAUUUUUACAGAAGGAAUCCUGCCCUCGAACUGAACAAGUUCCCUGAUUUCAUGUUUACGCAAAUGCGCAGAACCAGCUAAGGGGAUAUACUUUGACGCUAAAGGCAGCUGUGGUUUGGUCAAAUUGCUAUUUGUAUUAUACAUGUUUCAGUGAGUCUGAUAUACAGUAACAGGAUCGUUUAAUUUUUAAGGUAUGAACGAAGCACAGUAAGUUUACAAAAAAUUUUCACUAACAACAAACAAAUUAAAUUUAAAAAUACAAAUUAAAAUAAAGAAUGUUGACACAUUCGUACGAAGUUUAUAUAUAUAUUAUAUACAUUACGUAUAGUAUAUUAUUUGAUUAUACAUAUACUUGUAUACCGUGAUGUAAUAAUGUAUAGGUAUAAACAUUAACACGUUAUACGUAAGCUAAAAUUGAGGUACACAAUAUUACUUAGAUUCUUAUAUAAAUACAAUAUUGGUACGUUCGAACCGUAACAUUUUAUGAAUACUCAAAAAAGAAACAAUUGUUG